UUGAUACAAACCUUAAAACAUAUAAAAUGCGUGCCGUUUUCAGAAUAUUAUUCCUCGUGGCGAAAACAGGAAGGGGCAAUGGCGCCCUGCAGGUUAAUAGUUCUGUGUAUCGUAGCACUAAUCGGCGUCUUAAUACAAAGUUCUUCCAGCAAAAAUGUUGAGGACAGGGGUACUAAUGUCAAAAGUCGUUCAGAUCUUGACAUAGAAGAAGUGCCAGGAGUCGAUGGAAUUAAGAAAGAUGACAACAAAGAAGGAGAGCUGACAUUGAUUGACCGAGCCGUGAAAAACACAGGUUUAACAAAAGAUGAAAUCGAGGAGGUAGAAAAGCGAGGAUGGAGAAGAAGAUCUCGGCGUGGAAGACGACGCAGACGCUCUCGACGAAGGAGAUCUAGACGAAGGAGAUAUAGAAAUCGUCGAAGGAGAAAUCGAAGAAAUCGACGACGGAGAAAUCGAAGAAGGCGAUCCAGACAAAGGAAUGGUCGAAGAGGUUCCAGAAGAAAGGGAUCCAGUGGCCAAAGUGGUGGCGGUGGUGGGAUUGGAUCUCAUAUUGGAUCCGCUUUUUCUGGAGGACUUGAUGCAGUAAAUAGCGGUUUAGAUCUAGCAAACAACCUCAGUCCCGGCAAUAACGACAAUUACCCUGACGAUGCUGAUCAGAACACGGACGAGGAAGAGAAUAUUUACUAGACUAAGCAUGAGAAUAAAUUACAUUUAAUCGG